AUGCAUGCAUUCGCAAAUAGUGGCUUAACAACAGCAAAUCUAGCAAAUUCAAUUGCAACUGUUGGCCUUCAGGCUUUCUUUAGUAGUAAAGUCACAGAAAUCACAAUUAGUUGCACAAUUCCACAAGAAAUGUGCCGUUUAUGCGAUAAACUUACUACACUGAAUCUCAGAGGAAAUGUUGAAUCAAUUGGUAAAUUUGCAUUUUAUAAAUGCUCAUCUUUGACGGGAUUCACAAUUCCUUCAGAUUUAAAGAGAAUUUAUGACUUUGCAUUCCAAUCAUGCACAAGCUUAUCUGAUAUCAGAAUGGAGAUGGAUGGUAAUCUACAAAGCAUCGAAGGUGGUUGUUUCUAUGAUUGCCCUAAUCUUCGCUCAAUAACAUUGAAUCCAGAUGACAGAAGAUUCUUGUUUGAGAAUGGUGCAUUGACUUACUAUAAUAAAUCCAAACUUAUAGUUUUCCUUCCAUAUAGUGGAAUCAAGAAUUUCAUUGUUCCCAUGGAUAUGGAAGAGAUUGGAAGCUGCGCAUUCAUGGGAAGUCCAAGUUUGAUUCGAGUAUUCUUCAAUGGAAACAAAAUCAAAGAUAUUGGAUAUCAAUCUUUUAAAGACUGUCCAAAUCUAAACCUGAUUUUUUUCUCAUCUCCAAGCUUAAAAACAAUUGGAGCCGAUGCUUUCAAAGGUUGUCCUCUCCUUAGUAGAUGUGGAGCUUUUUCAGUUCCUGCAUCCAUUCAAAAUACUUUUAUCAAUGCUGGAAUUCCACAGAUUGCAUUUUCAGAUGACUGUGAUCUAAUUAAUUCAUGCAAAAUUGGACAUAAAAUUGCAAUUUCACCUGAAUUACUAUUUCCGUUCAUUUACAUGUAA